AUGCGCCAGUCCGAAGACUUCUUCAAAAAUCCUGCACCAAUGAGUUCAUCGCAAGAGGGGCAGGUCAAUCGAAACAGCGGCCAAGAACCUUCAGAGGGCGUUACAAGCCAGCGGAGGGGCAGCCUGGUUUCCGUCUCCGAUUUGCCCCCCUUGGCCGGACACACAGGAUAUGAGGUAAAUUCAGGCGAUGUAAGCAACUUCGAGGCAAAGCGGGGAGGCGAGUCCGAAGGGCAUACGGAGAACCCGAAAGUUGAUUGGCCAAGAGGACACCCAAGUAGCGCAAUAUCUCGCAUUGGCUAUAUAGGUGAAAUAAAUGAAGCUUCCAGAGCCACGCCCGGUGAAAUGAGUCUUGCAAAACUAAAGUGCACGCCUGCUGACCUUAUCGCUAGGCCUCAUACUCGAACUGCUGCUUCAAGUCCUUUGGCAUCUCCACGGGAUACUAAGGGAAGCCGAGUGAUGUCUCGCCAACGUAUUCAGCAGAUGCACCUCGCUGUGCCGACUUCAGUGGGCCACAUCCGGCCUAGAGCGAAGCCAGUAGAGUCUCCUAGGGAGGCAACCGCCUCUCCCUUAAGUGCACGAUCAAGACCUUCAUCCAUUAGCACGACACUUCAAGACUCCCGCCAGAGGCCGCUAAGUGGAUCCUCUACUCCUUACGUGCUUCGCCGAAAGGGAUCUUUGGCCAACAUGCCCGGCCAAUCAGUGGAAGCUGAACAGGACAUCGGUGUCGUCUCAGAAAGCCUAGGUACCACAGAAAUUUUACAGGAAAAUGCCGGUCGUGAGCCGAAAACCGUUAAAGCGCAGCAGCUUAAUUUGUUUGACCAAAGACACUCGGUGGACUUAUUGGACUGCCCUGAAGCAUCAGGAGCCCCAAAGAGUGAGGGAAUCCUUCGUUCAGCGAACUACACAACUGGAAGUGGAACGAAAACCACAGGUGCUGCAGAAGGUGGAGGUAAAGCUCGCCCUGCUCCUCCAGCGCGGGCAACCGCCAUGCAGAAGGCCGUCGCCGAAGUCUUCGCUGCUGAAAAUGAGAGGAGAGCGGCUGCCUUGGCCUCGAGGAUUAGCUCUCGGACAAUAUCACGCGCAGAAGGCCCAGCAGAGUUGAGGGGCUUUGAGCAGAGGUCAGAUGUUGCACUGGCAGCUGCUGAGCAGCUGCGACGAAUGGAGGCAGCUGCGGUCUCUAAUGGAAUUCAGAGUCUCACGUCCGAGCCGCCGAAGAAAAGUGGAGGUCUGGAGAGCUCGCCAAGAGAUGGCAAUCCUCAACUGGAAAGCGAAAGUCACUCAGACCUCAACGGCAGGAAAGUGGAAGAGCAUAUUGGUAAAUCGUCUGUUCCAACACUGCCCACAACACCUCCCCAAAGUGGUCCGGCUGUUGCUCUUACGGCUGAACACAAGGCUGGAAACCCCACACUUCUGCAUCCUUCCCGCAUUCCACAACAUAUUCACGAAGCGCAACACGAGUUGACUGUGGCAGCUGAGGCGGACGAACAACGUCGACUUGCAGCAGUCAUAUCCCGUGCCCGCUCACGGACAGUAUCGCGAGCCGAGGGAUGUGCUGAUCGAGGCCCUUUUGCAGACCACGCAGACGUCGCACACGCUGCAGCAGAGCAACUGCGCAAGAUGGAGCAAUCUGCGGGCAAACAGGUUGUUGGCCGUCCGUUACAUCCCUAUCCGGAUUCAAAGGCUAUAGAUGAAGUGGGUAUCUGA